AUGGCCACUGAAGGUAACUACAGGGCCGAGGCUAAAGAGGCCGAGGCUAAAGAGGCCGAGGCUAAAGAGGCCGAGGCUAAAGAGGCCGAGGCUAACGAGGCCGAGGCUAACGAGGCCGAGGCUAACGAGGCCGAGGCUAACGAGGCCGAGGCUAACGAGGCCGAGGCUAACGAGGCCGAGGCUAACGAGGCCGAGGCUAAAGAGGCCGAGGCUAAAGAGGCCGAGGCUAAAGAGGCCGAGGCUAAAGAGGCCGAGGCUAAAGAGGCCGAGGCUAAAGAGGCCGAGGCUAAAGAGGCCGAGGCUAAAGAGGCCGAGGCUAAAGAGGCCGAGGCUAAAGAGGCCGAGGCUAAAGAGGCCGAGGCUAAAGAGGCCGAGGCUAAAGAGGCCGAGGCUAAAGAGGCCGAGGCUAACGAGGCCGAGGCUAAAGAGGCCGAGGCUAAAGAGGCCGAGGCUAAAGAGGCCGAGGCUAAAGAGGCCGAGGCUAAAGAGGCCGAGGCUAAAGAGGCCGAGGCUAAAGAGGCCGAGGCUAAAGAGGCCGAGGCUAAAGAGGCCGAGGCUAAAGAGACCGAGGCUAAAGAGACCGAGGCUAAAGAGACCGAGGCUAACGAGACCGAGGCUAAAGAGGCCGAGGCUAAAGAGGCCGAGGCUAAAGAGGCCGAGGCUAAAGAGACCGAGGCUAAAGAGACCGAGGCUAAAGAGACCGAGGCUAAAGAGACCGAGGCUAAAGAGGCCGAGGCUAAAGAGACCGAGGCUAAAGAGGCCGAUGCUAAAGAGACCGAGGCUAACGAGACCGAGGCUAAAGAGACCGAGGCUAAAGAGGCCGAGGCUAAAGAGACCGAGGCUAAAGAGACCGAGGCUAACGAGGCCGAGGCUAAAGAGGCCGAGGCUAACGAGGCCGAGGCUAAAGAGACCGAGGCUAAAGAGACCGAGGCUAAAGAGACCGAGGCUAACGAGACCGAGGCUAAAGAGACCGAGGCUAACGAGACCGAGGCUAAAGAGACCGAGGCUAACGAGGCCGAGGCUAACGAGGCCGAGGCUAAAGAGGCCGAGGCUAUAGAGACCGAGGCUAAAGAGACCGAGGCUAAAGAGGCCGAGGCUAAAGAGACCGAGGCUAAAGAGACCGAGGCUACAGAGACCGAGGCUAAAGGGACCGAGGCUAAAGAGACCGAGGCUAAAGAGACCGAGGCUAACGAGGCCGAGGCUAACGAGACCGAGGCUAACGAGACCGAGGCUAACGAGACCGAGGCUAACGAGGCCGAGGCUAACGAGGCCGAGGCUAACGAGGCCGAGGCUAACGAGGCCGAGGCUAACGAGACCGAGGCUAACGAGGCUAAGGCUAACGAGGCCGAGGCUAACGAGGCCGAGGCUAACGAGGCUAAGGAUGCAUUAUAUAUGAAGUACCAAACUUUGAAACCAUAA